CCUAAAAUUUGCUGGUCUCUCUCUUUAAAACUAAACCAAACAACAAUAUAACUCGUCAUCAUUAACGACAAUAAUCAUCCACCGUUUGAUUGGUGAUCGUAAUCGUGAUCAUGGAGGUGCGUCCAAAUCAGACGGUCUAUGAUUCAUCGAUCCAUCAGCGACAUGUACCUGCCGCUGCAUCCAAGCAGCCUGUAGCUGCUCCGAACACUGUCGAUUCAACAUCCGUUUCUCAGAGGCUGCAGAAGGAAUUGAUGUCGCUAAUGAUGAGUGGAGGAGACCUUGGAGUCUCAGCUUUUCCUGAAGCCGAGAGCAUUUUCACUUGGAUUGGCACAAUUGAAGGCGGGAAAGGAACCAUGUAUGAGGGUUUGUCAUACAAACUUUCUUUGCGGUUUCCCUUGGACUACCCUUUCAAGCCACCCCAGGUCAAAUUUGAGACUAUGUGCUUCCAUCCAAAUGUUGAUCAGUUUGGCAACAUAUGCCUUGACAUCCUCCAGGACAAGUGGUCUUCGGCUUAUGAUUGCAGAACUAUUCUUUUGUCCAUUCAAAGUCUAUUAGGAGAGCCUAACCCAGAGAGUCCUCUCAACAGCUACGCCGCAGCUCUUUGGGGCAACAAGGAAGUUGGUACAUUUUUUAUCUUCAUCAUCUUGUAUAUUUUAGGGGUAUUUUUUUAAUUUAAAUAUAGCAUUUUAAACGGAAAUGAGCUUUAAGAACAUUUUCUUGUUCUUUUUGGAUCAAUCAAAUAAACUUCAAAUUUCCAAACCUCCUAAUCAUUUAGUGUAUGUAGAUUCUGUGUUAUUAAACGCUUGGAGAAUUUUUAAGG